GUUCUGUCUACCGUAGUACGGCGCAAUAAAAAAAAAUAAAUUUUUUUCCAAUUUUCGAACUUUUCACCCAAUUUUCGGCGCUUUUUUGCUGAUUUUCGACGAAAAACUGAAGGAAUUAACAAGCGCAAUGGAAGAAAUAAUGGCUGAGGAGUUCACCGAAGACUCAAAAACGCAACAAGGCGUAAAACGGACUCAAGACGCUUCAGAUGGUCCAGCUAACAAGAAAGCUCAUUUUGGAGGCGAAGAAGAGGGUGGAGAUCAUCUUUCAAUUAAGAUUUUGAUUCCAUCAAAUGCUGUUGGAGCAAUUAUUGGAAAAGGAGGAGAAGCGAUGAGAAAUCUCAAAAAUGACAAUAAUUGUCGUGUUCAAAUGAGCAAGAACAGCGAAACGUAUCCGGGAACUUCCGAGCGUAUUUGUCUCGUCAAAGGACGCCUCAACAACAUUAUGGCCGUAAUCGAGUCGAUUCAGGACAAAAUUCGCGAGAAAUGUGCCGAUCAAGGAGGUUCCGACGCUUUUGAUCAUAAAAAUACAUCUCGUGGCGCUGAAAUUAAGAUUGUAAUGCCAAAUACGUCGGCUGGAAUGGUUAUUGGAAAAUCUGGAGCCAAUAUUAAGGAUAUUCGUGAACAAUUUGGGUGCCAAAUUCAAGUUUACCCGAAAGCUGGCUCUGUUGAAGCUAAAACUUCUCUUGAAAGAGUUGUCACUGUGGCUCAUGAUGAAGCAUCGGCCCUCCUUCAAGCCGCCUCACGUGUUCUGGAAAAAGUGGCCUCUGACCCCCACCAUGCUUCAGAAAUCAAUAAAGAAGAUUUCGGAAAAGGCUCUGGACCAUCAGGCUCUGCAAAUUCAGGCCCAUCAGGCGGCGGCGGUGGCGGUGGCGGCGGCGGCCAAUCCAACAAUAAUUCAUCAUUCUCAUCAGUUCCAGCUUUCAAUGGAGGUGGUGGAGGUGGUGGUGGAAUGAAUGUCGGUGCAGCAGGAUUCGGAGGUGGUGGUGGACAGGGUUACGGUGGUCCACAAUUUGGUGGACAGGGAGGACCACAAUUUGGAAAUGGGAAUAAUAAGUAUCCGAUGAGUGGGCUUGGAAAUAAUGAACUACUCUCAUUCUUGGAUAAUCUUCAAUCAACUCUUCGUACUUCUGGAUUCAAUGAGCAAAGUGUUUCAGAGGUUAUGCAGGCUAUGCAGGUGCUCGCCAAGUACAACAUUAUGGGCCUCGGACUUGGCCUCGGUGUCGCCGCAAUGGCCCAAAUGCGUACAGGCCAAGAGUCGCAGGGAAUGUCGGCAAAUCAUGGAUCUGCCGGUUUUGGAGAUGGUUAUGGACAAGGAGGUGUACAGGGAGGGCCACAAGGACCACAGGGUGGUGGUGGUGAUCAGUCUUACUGGCGUCGAUGAAUACCCCCAUUCCUCCUCUUCUUCCAACAUGUUCAUGUUCACAGAAUAAUCCCGAAAUCUCAAUCUUUAUUUAUUAUUUAUUCUUACUUUUUUCUUCAUUCAUUCUUCUAUUGAUUAUAACUUUAACGCUUUCUUUUCAAGUUUUCAAUUUCGACAAAAAAAACUCAUUAAAAAAGGUUUAUUUAAUUAUAUAUUGCUGUAAGUGUUCUCAAUCUCUUCAUCUUCUUCUUCAAUAAAUUCUUAUUCCUGGC